CCUGGCGCAGCCGGCCCUCGCCCAGUCUCGACUGCGAUGCUCUCGGGUCCCGAUGCGCGGGCGGCUGCCGCGGAUGGUGCUGUUGGUGCUUCUCGAGUGCCUGUCGUGGUGGUGCUUUGUCCUGCCCGGUGCCUUCGUUGAGCUAGACAGCGACGCACACGCCCGCGCGGUGUGCGGCGCCGGGCCGCGGAGGCUGUGGGUGGCUGAACCGGCGUAGACGGUCCAAGGUGCGGGGGCAGGAUGGCGCUGGUGCAGGUGGAGCCGCUCUGCCGGCUCGGGCUGCAGGCACUGGCGGGCCCGCUGUUGGCCGCGGUCGACGCCGUGCUCGCUGACGAGGAGACGCCCCUAGAGACGGACGGCGGGCAGGCGGUGCUAGAGGUGCGUCGCUACCUUGAGGCGGCCCCGGGGGACGUGCUCGAGGCCCUGUUGCAGGCCGUGCUGGCGCGCUCCGACGUGCCGGGGGCGGCCCGCUGCGCCGCGCUGCGCCUGCUGCUGCGCGCCGACGUGCGCUCGCUGGGCGUGGGCGUGCUAGCCGCCGAGCACCACGCGCGCGCCGUCCGCUGCCUCCGCGUCCAGGGCGCCGGCCUGCGCGCGCUCGACCUCAAGGGCGCGUGGCUGCGCGGCGCCGACCUGGAUGCCUUCUGCGACGCGUUGCGUGAGCUGGGCGCCCUGCGCGUCCUCGGCGUGCCGCACGCGGCCACGGACAAGCUGCUCGAGGCCGUGGCCACGCACUGCCCCAAGAUCACUGCUCUUGACGUGUCCGGCGAGACGGACGUGUCCAGGAAGGGGCUCGAGGCACUGUGCGCGGGCCCCGGCGCACCAAAGGCUUUGCAGGUUCUAGACGUUGGGAACCUGGCCGAGGCUAGCGUGUCGGCCGAGGACGCUGCGUUCCUGCUCCGCUCGCUGCCCAACCUACGAUCUCUGGGGUCGUACGCGCGGGUCGGCGCUGCCCUGCUGUCACUGCAGGACGCCGAGGACACCAAGAAGCCUCUGGAAUCGAGGCCGACCAGCGCUCCUCUGCGCCUCGAGUACCUCCGCGACAUCGGAACGUCGCAGCGCGCCGCCGAGGCCAUCCUGGCGCUGUGCCCGUCGCUGCGCGCCGUGUACCUGGACGCCCCUGCGCCCGGCGUGCUGACCUCACUGUCGGCCCUGCCGCUUCUGUCCGACCUCAAGCUCCACCAGUUCGACGUGCCCGAGCUGGAACGGCUGCUGUCGGACGCUGGCGUGCGCGUCACCGAGCUGGAGCUGCUGUUCGGGCGGUCAGGGCCGCUGGACCUCGCGCGCCUCGCCUCGCUGUGCCCCGCGCUUUCGCGCCUGGAGUGCUACUUCGUGGACUGCUCCUCGAGCGGGCGCGCGGCCUGGCCCGCCCUGCAGUCCGUAGGGGUGUUCCACGCGCAGCUGGCGCGCCAUGCCCUGCUGGACCUCGCGCUGGGCGCGCCGCGGCUGCAGCGGCUGGGGGUGGGCUGCGCGCUGCCGGACCUCAGCGACAUGGACGUGGCAGACCUGUGCGGCGACGAGCUGCAGGAGGUGUGGCUCGCCCAGGCGGGCCGCCUCAGCCAGGCCGCUGCACUGUGCUUCCUCACGGGCUGCCCGCGGCUCACCAGCCUAGGCGAGCUCAGCGGUUGGGACGUGACCCCCGACCAGGUCGAGGAGCUCCGCCGCCACUGCGAGCUCUCCAACUUGGACGUCAGUCUCUGGUACUUCCCCCGCAGUGACGGCGCGCUGGCGCUGUUGGAACAGUAAAGCAGCGGGAUUCGAGGUGCGGUGCGGAUGGCUUUGACUGUGAUGGUAACUUUGUACAAAUGUAUUCAGACUGGUAUAAGUAAUAUUGUUUAGAGUUGUCGCUGGUUAAACGUCUAUCUAGUCUUGAUGAGAACUUUCGGACCCUGCCUAUGCUUUGCUGUAUUUUCACACGAUAGUUACAAGUAUACAACAAUUGUUGAAAUAAAAAUUGUGAGAGCAAUUUGUUUCACAUGAUUGUGCUGUUCGGUAUACAGGAAGGAGAAUGGCGGGCAGAACACAAUUAUUCCUGAUUAGUCUACCCGUGGCUGGGCCGGGUCAUACCAAGAGUGGAAACGACUAUUAUUGUUACAAUUUCACAGUGGAAAUUCUUUGUAAAAUUAUGAAAUACUUGAUGUUUGUUUUUACUCUAUGAAAGUCAUUGGAAAGAUCCAAAUCGUUCAACUCAGAAUUGCAAAUUGUGUAUGUUUGUCUCUGCUUAUGAAUUUCAACUGUAAAAUGGAAGAAAUUAAUGAUAUUUACUUCUGUUAGUGUGCCAGGUCAGGCCAACGACCCAAACAGUAUGCGGGUUUGCCUACUCGCCCCACCCGUAUGGCACCAUAGCCCCUAGGGUAGGCAAAGCCGCAUACGGUUGAGUCGUGGCCCUGAAACACGGUACAUUUGGUGCAAUGUAUGAGCGGUCAGGAGGUAACAUAACCAGGCAAGAGUAAAUAAAAUAAUUUUUAAGUAACCAUAGACACUACCCCCUGUUCACUAUUGUCUGUUAAAAUAAACCUGCUUUUUAAAAAUA